UAAAUCUUCCCCUAUGUGAUUCCAGAAAUUAUGUAACUUAUUAGAAAUGAUGUACCGUAACUAUGCAAAAAUGUGACAGUAUAGAACUCAACCCUGUAAUCAGACAACAGAUUCAACAGAAUGCUCUACGGGAAACAGAGAAAACUUUUCCUCCUACUGGACAGCAGCUACUUAACCAAUACACAUUAAGCCCUCCCAAGACAAGAACACAACACAAUACAUUUACAGAAGAAUAUGAGCAUAGGAUAUGGAUUCUAGAAACUCAGAAAACAGAGCAAUCAAAAGACAAAUUUACUUUGGAACUACGCAACAUAAAAGAUGAAAAUUAUAUACUGAAAAAGCUAAAUCAUGUUCUCAGAAAAAGAAAUGACAGCUAUGAAAGUGAAAUAAAGCGGCUUAACAAGGUCCUUUUACAAGCAACAACUACAGGCAAAAUCAAUUCUAUAAGUACAACAGUAAAUCCAUCCUUGGAAGCCAUGACUUCUGAAGACUUUAAGACAAAAAAUGAAGUUCUUAUGCAGCAGGUCAAAAUAUAUGAAGAAGACUUCAAAAGAGAAAGAGCUGAAAAAGAGAUCAUAAGAAAAGAAAAGGAAGAGCUGCAACAGAUUGUACAUAAACUGAGGAUUCAGUUACAAAUAAAGGGAAGACCUUAA